AUGCGUUCAAUCCUAUGCAUAAUUGUACUCGUACACGGCCAUGGAGUGAAGAUUUCGAACGAACUCAAAUUCCAGAAAGAUCUUAAUAUGAGUUGUUUUUCCGCAGACGACAGGAUAAAAGAAAGAACAUUAAAACCAGGAACUCAUUGGGAAUUCAAUUUCGGUUUGAAUGUUGUGGGGAACACGCGUUACAUGUGCACCUUGAAACAAGAACCUGGAUUUAAACACCAUCAGAGCUUUAGAGCAUUUAAAAGACGUGGUUUAUGGGAUUGGAGAGCUAGAGAAGAUGGCAUCUAUUUAACAAGAAAAAAAAUCGGAACAACCACAUAA